AAAAAAAAAAAAAGUAUUAAAUCAUUAUAACUACUUACCAAAUUUUUUUCCACCAUAUUGGCUCCCUCCCUUUGCCGCUAUAUAAGGGUAGCUCACUCCUAUAAUCCUCCUCACCCUCCAACCCUCUUCUUUCCAUCCCUAAUCGCUAUACGACUCUUACUUUGUUUCUCUAAUAAACCCUAAAGAUUCUCUAUCUUUGCUACAAUGGCGGAAACCGGUAUUCAUAACCUUGUCUUUUCAGGGAAGAAGCGAACAGGUUCUGAUGAUAUUGAUCGCGAAGAUUUCAUCGUGGCUAAAAAGCCUAUGAAACCGAUGUGGGAGGACCCCGCGGCGGCGUUGGCCAAUGCCCGCCACGAGUUUGGCGAACACGGCGGUGUCAACAUGUCCAUCGAGGCCUCAGCCACGUUUACGGUCAUGGAGCCUGAGACCAUGCGCCGCAUGUUCACCGGCGAAUUGGGUCCAGACCGCGACUUUUUCAUCUACAGCCGUCACUUCAACCCAACGGUGCUCAAUCUCAGCCGCCAUCUGGCGGCUCUUGAAGGAACAGAGGCCGCAUACUGUACGGCCUCUGGCAUGUCAGCCAUAUCAUCGGUGCUGUUGCAGCUCUGCAGCUCCGGCGGACACAUGGUGGCUUCGCGGGCGCUGUACGGUGGGACCCACGCGCUGCUCACGCAUUUCUUGCCGAGGGCGUGUAACAUUACGACGACGUUUGUGGAUAUAAGCGAUCACGACAUGGUGAAGGAAGCGAUUGCCGAAGGAAGAACGAAGGUGUUGUAUUUUGAGACAGUCUCAAACCCUACGCUGAUGGUGGCUAACGUUCCGGAGUUGAGUAGGAUAGCGCACGACAAGGGGGUGACGGUGGUGGUCGACAACACCUUCUCUCCGAUGGUUCUGGCUCCGACGCGUCUCGGAGCCGACGUGGUCGUUCAUAGUAUCUCCAAGUAUAUUAGCGGUGGGGCCGACAUUAUUGCAGGUGCGGUCUGUGGACCAGCGAGCCUAGUGAACUCUAUGAUGGACCUUCAGCAAGGGACUCUUAUGCUAUUAGGCCCAACCAUGAAUGCUAAGGUGGCCUUUGAACUAUCAGAAAGAAUUCCUCACUUGAGCAUGAGAAUGAAGGAACAUUGCAACCGGGCUUUUGUUUAUGCCACAAGGAUGAAGAAACUGGGCCUCAAAGUCAUCUACCCGGGCCUUCAAGAUCACCCUGAUCAUGAUCUUUUGAAGUCGAUGGCAAAUAAAGAAUAUGGUUAUGGCGGAAUUUUAUGUGUGGACAUGGAAACUGAGGAAAGGGCUAACCGACUCAUGAACCUCUUGCAAAACUACACCCAGUUCGGGUUCAUGGCUGUUAGUUUGGGGUACUAUGAGACCCUCAUGUCUUGCUCUGGUAGUAGCACAAGCAGUGAAUUGAACACGGAAGAGAAGGAGUUGGCGGGCAUUUCACCUGGAUUGGUGAGGAUGUCCAUUGGCUAUAGUGGCACCCUGGAGCAAAAGUGGAGUCAGCUCGAAAAGGCGCUUUCCAGAAUGCAAGACUCAAGUUUAUUGUCAAAGAAUUAAAAGAGAGUCUCAACCAAGUGGUUGCUCAAGCUUUGAUGGUGUUGUUAUGUAGAAAGGGGUGUCCUUUGCACCUUAAUGUUGAUGUUACUCAUUUUGUUUAAAGUUAGUAUAUAUGUCUAUCAUAAACCUCUACGUUUAAUCAUCGGUGUGAAUAGUGAAAGCCCCGGGGCUUCCCAAGGCCUUGUGACUUUCUUCAAGGUGUGCUAGCUUUUUAACUGCCAGCCGAUAAAUAUGAUUAUAGAAAUGUGUUUCGGUAUCUAUAAACUAACUUGAGUUUCCUUUGGUCUCCAUUGGAAGAAAUUAUGUAAUUUGUGCUUCUCAGAAAAAAAGAAAGAAAAACCUGGAUGUGUUGUUUGCAAUUACUACCGCAAGAAAACUACCCCACCUUGAAAAGCAUG